AGGUGUUGAUAGUCUCGAAAAAUCUGUUUCAGAUUCACUUUCAGAAUUUAGUCAUAGGAAAAAGGCAGUGAAAUUCAAGUUCCGGAGUUUGAACGUUUGAACUUCUGUCGUUACGUUAUGCGUAUGAGAUUUGAAGGAGUUGUCUGUAGAUUUGUGAAAGUGAUUUUUAAUCAAAAUGGAUUGAAUAUUUUAUUUACAUCUGGUUGUGUUCUGUGAAGAAGGAAUAAACAGCUACAGUAAAUACAUUGUCAGUGUUCCUUGAGUUGCUACUUUUCAUGGGUUUGUGGCGUAGAAGCAAUAAAAACAAGUUGAUCAGUAGUAGGAGAGAGAUUUCACCUCAAAUUGUGUGACAGUUGAUACAAUUGAUUAAAUAUAGGGUAUUAAUAGACUAUUUGAUACAUAAAGACAACAUAAGUUUAGGACAAUAAAAGGUAGCUCACCUCAUGCACCAUGCAGGCCAACAAUCACCGAUAUUUGUCCGUGAAUAACUCAAACCAUGCUAAUGAUGAAUACGAUUUCGAGGAAGAUGAUAACUUGUCUACACAUGAUUCAGAAGACAGCGAUGAAGGCACAGAAGAAGCAAGUGAGUCUGAAAUGGCGAAAGGUGGAGAGGGAUGUACAGAAAUCAAAGAACAGGUAUACAGGGAUAAGCUAUUUAACCUGAAGGCGCAGUUGAACCAGCUGAAAGAAGGCACUCACCCCGAAUACAACCGUUUGGUGAAGAAACUUGAGGUAGAAUGGAGAGAAAGGUUACGAAUGAACGUAAUUUGGAGGGACUACUUGGUCGAUUGUGUGGAAAGGGACUAUAUAAAUGAGAAAAGAGCGGCAAACAAAGAGCUGGAAGAGAAGAAGAUCGAACUGAGGCAGAACUUAAUAUCGGAAAUGGAAGAGAAACGGAGGAUAGUGGAUUCCGAGAGGAACACGAUGGAGUUGAGCGGGGACUGUGCGGAGACAAAGCCGGCGAUGACGAGGAAGCUGCGGCGGAGACCCCACGACCCCGUGCCGUUGCCAGAUAAGCGGCGGGGCAAGAGUGCGUCCCAUCCGUUACACCUCAACUACCUGGCCGACGAGAAGGAGAUUGACAUGGAUAUCAAGGCCAUCCUGCGUGGUCCGCACCGUGGCUCCACUUCACGUAAGCCAGUUAUGAUAUCGGGCAGCGGAGUGACAAUGGGACCAUUGCCAACAGAAAAUUCAGUCAUGGAAACCAGGAUAGAAGAUGGAAAGCUUCUAUAUGAAAGAAGAUGGUUUCAUAGAGGACAGCCCGUGUACGUGGAGGGCAAGGAUACCCCUCGGUUCCCUGCUAUCAUAUCUGCCAUAGCUACUGAAGUGUUGUGGGUGAAGAAGACCUCAGACUCCAGCAAAGUGAAGAUCUACAUGUCACAUCUGUCCAGUGGUAAGAUGACUAUCAAGAGGAGGGCGGCGUGAACAUUGCCUACAACAAAGAUUUCUUGUCAACUAAGAUGAGUU